AUGGAUCCUGUUCGCCAAGCCAAUCUGACAGCCUAUGUGGCCUGCACGCCCAAAACGGGCGGUGGCGCAGGUUUCACAGCCCUCUAUGAGAAGAAGCAACUCAUUGAGGCGCGGCGAAAGCGCAGCACCAUGAAUUUCAUGGAGAGAAUGGAGGUGGAUGCUGAGCACAAGCAGGCAUACGCUCAGGUGACGCUCAUGCGCCAGAACGAAGACCAUCGAAAGGCUUUGGAUCGUCUUGUGGAGAAGAUGCGCCCAGCACCAUUGGCCAGGGGUCCCAAGAUCGUGAAGCACAAUGGAAAGGCCUUGCACGAAGGUCAUGAUCGCCAGCUGAGACUAGAAUGCACUUAG